UCAAUGUCAAUUCAAUGAACGAGCAACCAGAUAAAUGUGUACCUUGCGGAAUGCAAAUCUGUCCAAUCAGGAGUGAGCUUUCUGAUAACGUGACGUGGUCAAGUUUUUGGGUUUAUAUCGAAAAUUGUGAGUGUAGAUGCGACGCAAGCGACUUAAGUCAUACACAGAAUGGCGAAAUAAAUAUAUGUUCCUAUUCAUCGAACUAUAUUCUUAAUCCAGACGGGCAUUGGUACCUGCUUCAUCUUUAUUAACGAUUUCAGUUUAUUGGCGAAACUGCAGACACAUUCUGGAUAGCUUCAACUUGAACUCAGUAUGGCCGUAUCAGCAAAGAUUUAUGACAGGGUAUUAUGUCUUGACGGUGGAGGCAUUCGAGGACUCAUUAUUCUUGAGAUUUUGGAGGCGAUCGAGAAGGAAGCAGACAAGCCCAUCAUAGACUUGUUUGACUGGAUUGGCGGAACAAGCACCGGAGGGAUUAUUGCUCUGGGUAUUGCUACGGGCAAAUCCGUAUCUGAAAUUCGAGACCAAUACAAUCGACUGAAGGACCAAGUAUUCAAGGGCUCAAGACCGUACGAUUCUGAACUAAUAGAAACCCUGAUGAAGAAGGAAUUUGGGGAAACAAAAGUAAUGACGGAUAUAAAGGAACCAAAGGUCCUGGUUACAAGCGUUUUAGGAGACCAUUAUCCUUGGAAACUGCACAUGUUUCGUUCCUACAAGGAAGACACAGAGCCCGAAGAAGAUCCGAGGUUUGAACCAAUCAAACCUCCAAAUGAGACUUACAUCUGGGAGGUUGCCCGCAGUACGUCUGCGGCCCCCACCUACUUUCAUCCGUACAAGCAGUUUUAUGAUGGAGGCAUAAUGUCCAACAACCCUACCCUGGAUAUUCUCGAAGAAAUUCACAAAUAUUACACUCGACGAAAAACUGGUAGCAGCCGAUCUCUGGGCAUGGUUGUUUCUAUCGGUUGCGGUUAUGUGGAAUACGCAAAGCAAGAAAUUCCAGACCCAUAUACGCCAGGCUGGAUGAAUUUGAUUUUUCAUCCACUCAAGUCCAAAAAAGCGUUGGAAGACAUGCUCAGAUUUUUAAAGGGCAUCCUGGAACAGGUAGUAAUAUCAAGCGGUCAACCAUCGCAUCGCGCAAGAGCUUGGUGCCAAAUGCAGAAUGUGUCGUUCUCUCGAUUUUCUCCGCUUCUUGCGGAAAAUGUGCCUUUGGACUGUGUUGCUGAACGUGUGAUUGACAAGAUGAUUCAGGACACGAGAUACUAUAUCAACACACCUGAACACUUUAAAAGGAUUCAUGAAGUGGCAAUCGCUUCGAAGGCAGGCCGACAUGUGAAACUUGUUUUUAGGCCAGAACCAAUAUACAAUGUACAUGAUGCCAUCGAAUAUUAAAUAAUUAUUUUCCAAGAUUGGAUAGUCAUUCAAAAUUGUGAAGUGUUGUGAAUAUGCUUGCUGGCAUAUAGUUAUUAGAAAUAACCAAUAUAUAUAUAUUUAUAGCUUUUCUUGAUAAAAUGUGUGUGCCAUCCGAUUUUGAAAACGUUAAACCACCAUGUCAAAUUGCAUUAUUAAAAGAUAAAGGCCGAAUUAUACGAUAUGUUUAUUGUUUUAAUAAACAUGAUUAUUUUUUUUUAUACAAUUCAACUUUCUACGUGAUAGAAAAAAAACCUGUCAACUUUUGUUUAAAUCAGUGAUAU